UUUUACGGUUGUGCAAAGGUGAGUAAAGAUCUUGUUUUUCAACACGACAGAGGCUGUGGUGAAAACCCUUUCCUCUGGUCUUGGCUUCAAAGUUAAAAGCACUACAUCACCGAGAUCUCGUGUUCACUGUGCAGAAAGCGGUCCUGGGGAAACGUUCAAAGAGAAACAAAACUGCAGUCAUGAAUGCAUUUACUGUUUUUUGUCCUGCUUUGCUGAUUUGGUCGUGCCACAUAAAGACAAGUUGGUCCAACUCAACCAUCCCGUACUAUGAGGAAAAUUCAACAAAUUAUGAGAUGUCCACAGAGAUGGAUUACAGCGGGCUCGAAUUCAUGUGCACAAAGGACUCCAACCGAACUUUCCGUGCCUUGUUUUUACCCAUCAUGUACACCAUCAUUUGCCUCCUGGCUCUCUUGGGAAACUUUCUGGUCCUCCUGACCUACCUUUACUUCAAAAGGCUGAAAACAAUGACAGACGUCUACUUGUUUAAUCUGGCCAUUGCUGACCUACUGUUUGCGAUUUCUCUCCCCUUUUGGGCAGCUAGUUUCAUGAGCAAGUGGCAUCUGGGUCAGUAUCCAUGCAAGACCAUGUUUACAAUCUACAAGGUCAGCUUCUUCAGUGGCAUGUUUCUUCUCACCUUUAUCAGCGUCGAUCGGUAUUUCUCCAUAACAAAGGCCGUCUUUGCUCAUCGUUGCCGCACCACUGCGGUCUACUACGGUCAGGUGUCUUCUCUGAUUACUUGGGUCAUGGCGGUGAUCUUUUCGAUACCUGACAUGGUGUUCUCUGAAGUCAACAUCAAUGAAACUUGUGUUGCAAAUGGGAAAGACUAUGAAGACUACCACAGUAAAAUGCUAGUAAGUCAGAUGGUUCUGGGGUUUAUAGUUCCAGCGGUCGUUAUGAUGUUCUGUUACAGCUGCAUCAUCAAGACUCUCAUCCAAGCCAGGAACUUUGAGAGGAACAAAGCCUUCAAGGUCAUCAUUGCUGUCGUGGCUGUCUUUGUGUUGACUCAACUACCCUACAACGUGGUCAUGGGGGUGACUACCCAGGAAACAACGGACUGCCAAAAACAUAACAGUCGCCUUUAUGCUAUGGAUGUGACAAGGGCUGUGGCUUUCCUGCGCUGCUGUCUGAACCCAUUCCUGUAUGCCUUCAUUGGGGUCAAGUUUCGCAAUGAUCUCCUGAAGCUAUUAAAGGACCUGGGGUGUCUCAAAAAGAGCCAUCUCAUGUACACCCGCUGUGGAAGACGAAGAUCCUCUGCUGGCCUGGAAACCGAAACUACAUCAUUCUCCCCCUGAAUGAUGUUUUUUCACUCAGAUUCCCACAUUUUGCUAUUUACUCAAUGUACUUCAUGUAUUUAGUGCUAAAUUGCUUCUUUAGCUCUCUAAAGAUAAUACUGAGUGAGGCUGUAUGGUGAUUUUUUUAUUUAUGCUAUGCAGUGCUGCCAGUAUUUUUUGUACAGUAAAAAGUUCCUGCUUUGUAACAAAGAGCCUUUGACUUGUUUUUGACUUCUUUUUAAGAAAAAGUUAAAAUUUGGAUAGUUUGCUGUUAUACAUACAUGUACAUAUGGUUUCAAUUACAUAAGAUUAUGCAUCAUUUAUUUCAUUUACCACAACGACAUAUGGCCCAUUAGAAACAAAUCAAUCAACACAUUUUUUAUACUUUUUUAUUUACAUUUUCCUUGUUGAUUUACUGUAAUGUUGUUAAAUUUAA